AUGCCAUCGACAACGCCCAAGUACACGUGGACCAUAUUCAUGGUCAUGAUCUUUGGCUCCUUAUCCUCCGCUGGAUUUGGUUUUGACCAGGCCUGGUGGUCCGCUAUCAUGAGCUUAGACCAGUUCUUGCAGACAUUCGGGUCGUAUGACCAAAGCCAGGAGAAAUGGGUUCUCUCCUCCAGAGAUCAGUCAAUUGGCACUGGUAUGGGUUACGUUGGUGUCAUUCUAGGCGUGAUAUGUGGCACGCCGUUGAAUGAACGCUUCGGUCGCAAGAUGACGCUCUAUAUCCAGUCCUUUGUGGUCGCAGUGGGUGUCAUCAUCGAGUCGACCUGUACCACGAGCUAUGCACAAUUUGUUGUCGGUAAAGCCAUUGUGUACUUUGGCGGAGGCAUUGCCACCAACGCCAUCCCCACAUAUCAGGGCGAGUGUGCUCCGCCAUCACUACGAGGGCUCAUGGCGGGCACAUACAACGCGUUCCUCAUGAUUGGUGGCUUGGCAGCUGCUCUCAUCGUCUACCUGUGUCGCCAUAUCACUACCGACUGGGCCUGGAGAGUUGUUGUUGUGGCGCAAAUUGGUAUCCCUGCCGUGGGUUGGAUCAGCUUACCUUUCCUGCCAGAGUCACCGCACUGGCUGAUCAGACGAGGCAGGCUCGACGAAGCAACCAGUGCCCUUCGCCGUCUCCGUGGUCCCGAAUAUCCUGCCGCAGAGGAGGUGACUAUACUGCAACAAACAUUGGAGGAAGAGCGGGAAUUGCGAGAGGCCGCCAGCUGGAAAGAUUGCUUCUCUAAUCCUGUUAAUCUCCGCAGGGCAAUCAUAUGUAUCGGGGCUCAGGUCUUCCAGCAGGCUCAAGGAAUUUCGUUUGUCGCGAACUACCAAGCUGUCUUUCUAUCCCAGAUUGGCUUUCGCGAAGUGCUGCUUAUGUCUGUCAUUGUCUAUGUCAUCGGAGUGGUAGCUAAUCUCUUAAGCAUGGUAACCUCUGACCGAUCAGGCCGGCGCGGUGUCUUGCUUGGUGGUGCGGCACUCCUCGGUGCGUGUAUGAUGGUCAUCGGGGGGCUGACAACCGGAGGGCCGUCACAUAUGUCAUACUCGAUGCAGAUAGCAGCGGUUGUCAUGCUGAUGCUGUGGUUCUUCUGCUUCCAGACCACCUGGGGCCCUCUUGCCUGGGUUAUUACCUCCGAGGUCCCGCCAACCUCCGUGCGAGAGAAAAUGGUUACGCUCUCUGGGUUUUCAGCCUACGGUGUCGGUUUGAUCAUCGUAUUUGUGAACCCGUACACACAAGACGCCAUUGGCGGUAGUGUUGCCUUUAUCUACGGAUCACUGUCGGUAGUGGGCUUCCUUUUUGUGUUUUUCUUCGUCCCCGAGCUACGGCAGCGAAGCCUGGAGCAGAUUGACGAAAUGUUCAAUGAGCAAUUACCAACUAGGGGCUUUGCGUCGUACGUGUGCAAGCGUCCUAGUGAAGGACGGGUGGAGAAAGAAAUCGAAACUGUGGAAUAUGUCGAGACCCUUCCUUGA